UUUUAAUGUUGAAUCUUCCAAAUUUUCGUUCUAUAAAUUCCUCUCAGGCCCAAGAGAUUGAGUAAGCCAUCUGCUGGGGAUAUUCUUGUUCUUGGACUCAGUGCAGCUCAAAGCUUUAAACUUUGCUCGCAGUCUCCCCAAACCCAGAUGAUUUCGUGACGCUUGUUCAUAAAUCCGUAUCAGACCCAGAAAUCUUUCGUGAUUUUUGUCACCUGGGCAGUGCUUGUUUCAGCAUUUCUUGAUUGGUCAGAUCCAUGGGUCGCUCUCGCUCGCAUUCUCAUUGUCAUUCCUCUGUCUUUGGCCUGUGCUUCUUGUUCCUCCUCCUGUCGGAUUGCUUCUGCUUGUCUUCCUCCUCGGGAGCUCAAGAGAGCGACAGGAUCACUGAGUUGCCCGGCCAGCCCAGGAAUGUGGACUUUGCUCAGUACUCGGGCUACGUGACCGUGAACCAAAAGGCGGGGAGGGCGCUGUUCUACUGGCUGGUGGAGUCGCCAGCGAGCCGCGAACCCGCGUCGAGACCCCUCGUGCUGUGGCUCAGUGGGGGCCCUGGUUGCUCGUCUGUUGCGCAAGGAGCAGCCCAGGAGAUUGGCCCGUUUCGAAUUAGGCCCAAUGGGAAGACACUCUACUCGAAUCCUUAUGCUUGGAAUAAAUUAGCAAACAUCCUGUUCCUCGAAUCUCCGGCAGGUGUCGGUUUCUCAUACACAAACACAACCUCGGAUUUGUACACUGCGGGCGAUAACAGAACUGCUGAAGACGCAUACAUAUUCCUGGCAAACUGGUUCGAGAGGUUUCCUCAGUACAAGCACAGAGAUUUUUACAUUACUGGAGAGAGUUAUGCAGGACAUUAUGUUCCUCAGCUGUCUCAAAUUGUUUAUGAGAGAAACAAAGGGAUUCAGAACCCGGUUAUCAAUUUCAAAGGUUUCAUGGUGGGAAAUGCUGUUACUGAUGAUUACCAUGACCUCAUCGGCACUUGGGAGCACUGGUGGACCCACGGGUUGAUCUCCGACUCGACCUAUAAAGUUCUCUUGGCUGCUUGCAAUUCAAGCUCCUCUCUGCGUCCUUCGACAGACUGCACGAAGGCCAUUACUCUCGCUAACGCCGAGCAGGGGAAUAUUGACCUCUACAGCAUCUUCACUCCGCCUUGCAACAGUACCGGCUCGCUUAAGCAAAACUUAAGGGGUCACUAUCCGUGGAUGUCCAGACCCUACGAUCCCUGCACGGAGACGUACUCUCCCAUUUACUUCAACUUGCCUGAAGUUCAGAAGGCACUACACGCAAAUGUUACUGGGAUUCCAUACCCAUGGGAAACAUGCAGCGAAGUAGUGAGUAGCAACUGGGGAGAUUCUCCGCUCUCGAUGCUUCCCAUCUACAAAGAACUCAUACCUGCAGGCAUCAGAGUGUGGCUCUUCAGUGGCGACACUGAUGCUGUAGUUCCCCUUACUGCAAGUCGAUACUCCAUUGAUGCCCUGAAGCUUCCGACUCUGACCAACUGGUAUCCUUGGUAUGAUAAUGGAAAGGUUGGUGGAUGGAGCCAAAUAUACAAGGGGCUGACCUUCGUGACCGUGACAGGGGCAGGGCACCAGGUCCCACUCCUUCGACCUCGGCAAGCAUUCAUUCUAUUCCAAUCAUUCUUGGCGAAUAAGCCGAUGCCAAGCUAAACAAAAAAAGCAAAUUCACUUCUGGGCCUACUAAUGCACCUCCUCUCUUAAUAUGGGCUCAAAUUCAAUGCUACAUAUUGCUUAUUAUGGCAGCUAAUUUGUAAUUGCCAUAACAAUAAAAUACUUCCUAGUGAGUUUCAAAUAAAGUCUUAUCUAUUUUUCGUGGAGAGAGAAGGAGUAUUUAGUAGUCAUUUUCCAAAUUCACUAUGUCGACUUCUAUGUAAUAUGGCUUUUAUGAUCAAUACAGAAAUUUUAUAGAUGUCAAAACAAGA